AUCAAAUGUGAGUUUAAAACUUAUCUUGAUCGUGCGUUACGAGAUCAACUCGUAGUAGGACUUAAUGAUAAAAAUAUGAUUAAUCGUCUCCUACUAGAAGAUAGCAGCCUUAAAUUUGAUAAAGCAUGUCAAAUAGUCAUCGAUAUGGAGAGCGCAAGCCAGUCUGCUUCAAGCAUUAUGUCGUCAGGUCAACGUCAUGUGAAUGCAGUCAAGUCAAAACCGAAUCAAGUCCAGUCCAAUCCAGUCCAGUCAAGGUCAGAGUCAGUCCAGUCAAGAUCAGAGUCAGUCCAAGGUCGUCACCAGGUCUACCCAAGUCAAGUGUCCAGUGGUAACAAAAAAGUGUGAUUAUUGCUUUGUGAAGCAUAAUCCAAGUGCGUGUCCUUCGCUCAAGUGGUUGUGCUAUACGUGUGGAUUCAAAGGUCAUACAUCGAAAUAUUGUGUCAGAAAUGUCAAUAAUACAAAUCUUAUCAAAUAUGCAUGUAAUAAUUUGAAUUCUUCCACAGCUGAGCCAUUGAAUUUAUCUUUGAAAAUAGGUAAUAAAUUCAUUAAAUUUGAAGUAGACACAGGUUCAGUAUGUACACUGAUUCCUUUGCAUAUUUUCAAGGAAAAUUUUUCAGAUGAUACAGAACUGUCAAAAUUCAAUGGAAAACUAAUUACAGCAAAUGAUAAUAAUUUACCUAUUCUGGGUAAAACGCUUGUUGAUGUAGAGUACCAGGGUAAAUCUCACAAGCUGAACCUUGUGGUAACAUUAUUACGUAGUCAUAAAUCAUUGCUUGGACGUGAUUGGUUGGAAGUUUUGUUUCCUAGUUGGAGAUAUUCAUUUUCAAAAUCAAUGUCUGUUUCAAAUGUCGAAAGCGAGUCUGCUUGUCAAGUUAUUCCGAAAAAAAUUGUAUCUGAUUUAGUAAAAAAAUAUCCUGCUGCUUUUUCUCAGAUUAAUAAUGAAAAACCAAUCAAACAAUUCAAAGCUGAAAUUAAUAUCAAAGAUGAUUGUGUUCCUAUUUUUUGUAAAGCAUAUGAUGUUCCUUUUGCCUUGCGAGACAAUGUAAAAGAAGAGUUGAAAAAUUUAGAAAAUCAAGGAAUAAUUUCUAAGGUAAAAUAUAGUGAUUGGGCAUCACCCCUUGUCUGUGUACCCCGUAACAAUGGUAAGUUACGCCUUUGCGUAGACUUGAAAGUCACAGUAAAUAAAUUCGUCUCUGUCGACAAAUAUCCAUUACCAAAAAUUGAUUAUACAUUUCAAAAAUUUCACAAUGCAAAAGUUUUUUGUAAAAUUGAUUUGUCUAACGCUUUCUUGCAAAUUGAAGUAAGAGAAAACAGUAAAAAGUUCUUAACAGUCAAUACUAUUAAUGGUCUUUAUGUAUUCAAUCGUCUAUGCUUUGGUCUAUCAUCUGCACCUGCUAUAUUUCAAUCAACUAUUGAUAAAAUUCUUGAAGGUAUUGAAAAUUGUGCUGCUUACCAAGAUGAUGUUCUUAUUGGUGGUGAAAAUCAUAAGUCAUGUGAAAUUGUAUUGAAUAAUGUAUUGUCUAGGCUUAAUGAGUUUAAUGUCAAAAUUAAUACUGAAAAAAGUGAGUUUUUUGUAACGUCAUUGGAAAUGUUGGGUUAUACCAUAAGUAGUGAGGGUCUUGGCACUUCAAAAUCAAAAAUUGAAAAAAUAUUGAAAGCUCCUUGUCCACAAAAUGUUACCCAACUCAAGUCAUUACAAUUACUAUAGAAAGUUUGUUAACAUGUCAUCAGAUAUUUUGGAACCUUUACACAGAUUAUUAAGAAAAGACACGGAAUGGUCUUGGUCUAAAGAAUGUGAGGAGGCAUUUCAAAAAAGUAAGUCAGUUAUCUCAGAGAAAUCUUUGCUUGUACUUUUCAAUUCUAGUAAAAAAAUUAUUCUUACUUGUGACAGUAGUUGUUAUGGAGUAGGAGCAGUGCUUAGUCAUGAAAUAGAUGGUAUUGAAAAGCCAAUAGCUUUUGAAUCUGCUACUUUAACUAAAGCGCAACGAAACUAUAGUCAGUUACACAGAGAAGCCUUGUGUAUUAUAUUUGGAGUUACUAAAUUUCACAAAUACUUAGCAGGUAAUUCCUUUACUAUUGUGACGGAUCAUGAACCGUUAGUGUCAUUGUUUUCUGAAAAGAAAUACCUACCGAAAAUGUCUAAUGCUAGAUUGCUCAGAUGGUCAAUAAUUUUGUCAUCUUAUCAAUAUAAAAUACAAUAUAAAAAAGGGUCACACAUUAUGAAUGCAGAUUGUCUGUCUAGAUUACCUGUCAGUAGCGAAGUUGACUUAGCAAAUUCUAAUCUUGUUCAAUUGUUGGAUGAGAAUUAUGAUUGUAAUUUUGUAUACCUGUCGACACCUUUAGUAUCGCACAAGGAAGUGGCAGAAAGUACAGCAGAGAAUGUUGUACUUAGUAAGGUCGUUGAAAUUGUUCAAAACGGUAAUGUAAAUGAAUUGAAAAAUGACAAUGUGUUGAGUAAAUAUUUUAAAAUAAGAAACUUAUUAUCAGUACAAGAAGGUUGUUUAAUGUAUGGAAAUAGGGUAGUCAUUCCAAAAGUGUUAAUUGCGAAAAUAUUAGAUAUAAUACACUCUGAUCAUGUUGGUAUCACUAGAAGUAAGCUACUUGCCAGAUCAUAUGUGUGGUGGUUCAAUAUGGACAACGAUAUUGUUCAAAAAGUUCAAACUUGUAAAGUAUGUCAACUUACUCAAAUAAAAUUAAAAGUAAAUUCAAGUCUUGGCCAGAAUCUAGUGGUCCCUGGCAACGUGUUCAUAUUGAUCUGCUUGACACCCACAAAGCAAAAAUGUUUAUAAUCAUUGAUGAUUAUUCAAAAUGGGUAGAAUGUUUCAUUGUAAAUAAUACUAAUGUGAAUACUAUUAUUAACAAGUUGAAUGAAUGCUUUUCAAGAUUCUCAGUACCUUGUGUAAUUGUCUCGGACAACGGUCCGCCAUUUCAGUCUUUUCAAUUUAAAUCUUAUUGUCAAAAUAGAGGAAUAAAAUUGUUGCAAAUUGCUCCAUAUAAUCCAAGAUCGAAUGGAUUAGCUGAAAGAGAGGUACAAUCUGUGAAGAAAUUGUUAGCCAAGUCAAUUCUGUCAAACAAUAACGUUUCACUAGAAACCAGCUUGAACCAAUGUUUAUUCUCUUUAAGGUCUACACCAUCUAGUGUAACAGGUGUUUCACCUAUGAGUGUUAUGCUUAAUUUCAAAGCAAAAACUCCAAUCUCUGUGUCAAAUCCCAAUUGUAGUCAACAAUAUAGUUCUUUGAAAGAUCAAACAAAAAAUUCAAUUAGGGAAAAAGUAUCAUUUGAUUUGAAAAAUGAAAAAGAUUUUGUUCUUGGUGAAAAAGUGCUUGUAAAUUUGUCUUACAGGAAAGGUCUUGUGACAUGGUUUCCUGCAACUGUUAUGAAAAAACUUGGUAAUGUCAUGUAUAUAGUCAAAUUGUUAUCUGGUGAAAGUAAAAAAGUACAUGUAUCACAAUUAAAAAUUAGUCGUCUUGAUGAAAAGGAUCAUGAAAGCGAUGUUUUUUUGUAUUGGCCUGUAGUUGAUGAAGAAAAAGGCAAUGAUGUAAAUAAUGAAAAUGUUGAUGACAGUGUGCGACCGAGCAGGGUGAGGAAAGCUCCUGUGAGGUUCUCUCAUAGCAUGUAUCAAUAAUGUAAUAUGUAAUUGUCUCAUUAUAGGGGAGAAUAAUGUUAUGAUUCGAUAUUGUAAUAUAUCGAUAAUCUAAUAUCGAUAUUGUAUAGAGUCGAGAGUCGAGGCUUGUCUCAUCGUCUCAUCAGUUUGUCACUUGUCAUGUCUGUCUAUGAAUUAUACGUCUCAGUCAUAUUA